GUGGGGGGGGCGCGACAAAAAAGCGGAAAAUGCUUCAAAAGCCGUCAUCAUGCAAACAGUGUUGCUGGCCCACUUCAAAUCAGAAAUCUACCGGGUAUAGGGUGAUUGAUGACACAGCAGUCUGGUAAAAUGUCAACAAUUACAGUGGAGUUGAUGGUGAAUGAAUAAGUCAAAGGCAUUAGAAGUGCAGUUGAAUUGAAAGACCGUGACAUCAAGCAGGACUGAACCUUUCAUGAAUGGAGUGAAAUCGAGAGAAUGCUAUUGACAUCAACAUAAUCUUCAGUGCCAACUAUUCCUGGACAAUGAUCAGUCAAUAAAAGCUUACUGUAGCAUCUAGAAUUUUGGAAUAAUGAUAAAGAAAGAAAGUACCCCACCCAGGAGAAACUCGAUCAAUCCGCAGGCUCACACCAAACAGCACGAAUUACCCGAGAAUUUGCACUGGAGUUUGCAUGAGUCUCCGGAAUCCGAUUCAAAGAGUUUAAUUCAAGAGAAACAGUACCAAUUGAAGCUUCACCAGCGUAUUCGAGAGAACCAAGAGUUUGUAACUCGGACUUUGGAGGACACUGAGUGUGACACCGAGUGUGAGGGUGAGGAGGGAUGCAGUUCCUUUGACAGUCUGGACGAAACACCAGAUGAAUAUAAGCAGUUGAGGUGGAAGAUUGAAUCUGAGUACAACAGCAAUGAUGAAACAAGCUCUAAUUCCAGUGAUAGAUAUGCCAACCUGCGGUACAAUCCCAAUUGGAAGGAGAAUUGUGUAGGAACACAGGUUCUUGUAUCCAAGCAUAGGCAUCAGCCUCAAACACCGUACUCUCCUGAUUCAUUGGAAAACUCAUUUGAUGAUUCAAAUGAUAUCUUAGAAAAGACAUCUGGAAACUCCAAUGAAUCUGAAAACGAACACAGCGAUGCAUUGGAACAGAAACAACCAAAAUAUAAACCUCAAGCAGUUAGAUUGAAUUUGAAAGGAAAGUAUAACACAGGAACACAGACGGAAAGGAAAAGACCGCCUUCUCCCUAUUACAUGCAUGAAGAUAAUGAUGAAGAAUUUUCUGAUUCUCUCAACUCCCAGCGAUCUCAUAAUGAGACCGAUAAAGGUAAUUGGCGAAACUGCAGGACAAACAGAACAAGGAAAAUACCAGACCCAGCACCUCGGGAUAAAGCUAAUGGUGAUCAUAGUGAGUAUGGGACACUAAACGAUCAAUACAAGAAAGAGUAUCAGCGGUACCAGGAACACGAGUCAGCUCAUAGCGGUGUAAGUAUCAAUCAUAACACGGAUAACAGGAGACAACACAACGUGGACGUUGAAAUCAUUCAUGACAGGAAAUUGGAAAAGAAAACUAGACCAGAAGAGAAUAUUGUGGAACGUAAUAAAGACACUCUGGGCUCAAGAAAAAUAUCCACCUAUCAACAGUUACACAACCGAAAGAAGGAGACUAACAGGUUACAGCAGGACUCUACUCCUAAAAGCACUAGGACAGCAAAGGCUGCUGCAGAAUCUAACCAGAAUGAGUUGGAUGAUCAGAGCUGCGAUCCAGAGAGGAAAUGGAAGCUAAGAGCACAGAGGUUGCAGGAACAUAUAACGAAAAAACAAGUGAUAAAUGGAGUGAGAGGACGCCCCCCUCGACCUCUGGAUAAGCCCUGCCCUGAGCGGUUAGUGCAGAAAGCUCUGCCUUAUUUGGAGAAACCAUCCCAUCAUCCAAACCCAGUUGACCUGAAGAAAGAGAUGUCUGAGGUGCUCAUUCAAAGAAGUGAGGACAAUACUGCAGGAAUUCCAAGCGCUGGCCAGGCAAAUGUUUCCUCGCCAAUUAGUCACACCGACUCAGGCUUAAUGCACAAUUUCCAGCCAACAGUCCACCUGAACAUUAACCUCACAACCUUGUCUGAUUAUACCUCAACCGUAUCCGAGGAUUAUACACAAACUUCCAUUGACUUUGUCCCUUCCUGCCCUCCAAUGGGACAGCCUGCUUCACUUUACCGAAACCAUGGUGUUUAUGGGGCACCACCUCCCUACAACCUGCCACACAAAACCACCGAACCGAUGACCCGUCACUAUCCUCACCCGGUCCAGUUUACACCAAUUUUAUAUGUACCUGGAAGUGUCCAGGGUCAGCCACCAUGGCACACGUUCCUCCCUCCCUACCAACACCCUGGCCAAACCCAACACAACCCGAAGUUCCACCAGGCUGCUCACACUGGCCCAUUGGCACCAGCCUCGUACAAUCACUCCUACCAGCCAAGGGCCACUCUUGCUGCUGCAGGGCCAAAGGUUUGCUCCGUGAACCAGGAGAAAUCACCAAAGAUGCCACGUGACCAGUUCGGGAUGGAGCAGUGGAGUGCAGGGAUGACGUCUCUCCCCUUCCUGCCCCAGUGUCGGCAGCAACUGGUGCAGUCUCCCAGCUCACGACUCAUUCAGCAAAUGGAGCAGAUUUGUGAAGACACACCAAGGCUGGCACGCACGCAGCUCAGCUCCCAGCUCGUGCUGCCAUCUAUUGGUCGCGUAGCGGGGAGCGAAUCGGAACUGGACACCAGAGCAAACAGGAGGCAAGCAGCCACAAUACCUCGCAGCAACUCCGAGGGAUACCUUGCUCAGAUGGAGAAAAUCAAGAACCUCAAGGAAAAACCAAAGUACAAGCCUUACUCACUGAAGAGUUACAAGGAGCUAAAACAGGAUAUCAAACUCGGAGGCUUGGGACCAGACUAUCAGGCUGCUCAGGAAAAGGCAGAGAAGAUGAAACGACAGAAGGAAUAUGCAAAGCAGAUUAAGGAACAGAAUUGGAAAGUGACAUUUAAGCAAGGGUCUCUACUUAAAGCAGUAUCUGAUGCUGAAAACAAGGAGGCAAACCUACGGCGGAAAAUGGCCAUGGAAUAUGCUAAAACGGUUCCGAAACCCAAACCUGCGCCAGCAAAAGCAAAGAGCAGCAACGAGAAGGCAGGAAGGGGUGUAUUCGGUAAGCAGGUGGAACUGGACCCGUCGCACAGCGUGCUGCUGGACAUGCUGCAGAAAAGGCACGAAGCAGAGAAGCAAAUGGUGGCUGCUUUCAAAGCAAUGCAUGUAAGCUGAUAGGCACGUGGCUUGUGUAACACAAGAGAAAGGUCAGACUCUGACAAUUAAACUGGUGUCCUGAAGCUGCACUUCUAACGAAUGAGAAUCACACGCUACUUUUAUCUUUUAUGCACUCACAAUCACCGGGUAGGGCAGUAAUGCCAGUCUUACAGUGGUACAUAAAGAGCGUUUCGGCCACAAAAUACACAGUCAGUU